AGUGAUGUUGGAAGGAAAAGUGUGUGUGUGUCUCUUUGCUAUCGAAGCGCGUGACGUUCGCAGCUAACACCGUUCCCCAUUUUCCCCUAAACGGCUAACUUUUGCGUGAAAGUAUGGGAGGAGAUAUCGACAGGGUUUCACGCAUCAUUUAGGGGGAAUUUUAGGGAUAUACGUGGAGUGCUUUUUAUCCCUAUCUAUCUUCUUUUAAAAAAAAAUACUAAUUCGUUGUAAAAAAGGAGCAGAAAUAACAAAUGCUAUGAAGUUUCUGUUGGAUUUCAACGAAGAAUGGAUAAAGUAAAACUAUGCUUUCAUUGGGUGGACAAACUAUAUGCUAUCUCAAACGAUGGCAAACCUUCUGUCCACCCUGAUUAUAAUUAUUUUAAGUUUUACCGGAAAUGACUGCAACGAAGCUUGUAGCUUCAACCGCCUGUGCACUUGUCGUAAAAGUCACCACGAAGUCAUCUGCAGGGGCGUACCCUUCUCCGAUUUCCCAUCUCUCCCAGCAGAAGCCAUAUAUCAGGUGACUAUCAUACGCUCAGGUUUAGAGAUAUUGAAUAAUAAUCUGUUUGAAGGCACAAACGUAGCAUCCUUGCAUUUAAUGCAGAAUAACAUCAUUUAUAUUUCUCCUUGGACAUUCAGUGGUUUGGAAAAUAUUCUGACUACUCUAGAUUUAAGUCAGAAUCAGAUAAAUGAAUUUCCACUUCAGCCUCUCAGUUCACUGAACAAUCUCCAGUGGUUAAAUUUGAAAGGAAACCAUAUAGACGAUAUCCAUAACUUUAAGUGGACACAACUAAACUGCAAAAAUGUUCUCAGCAGCUUGUUCAUGGGUUCAAACUCCAUUACAACAAUUCCCGAGGGUGCCUUUUUGAGUCUCAUCAACCUUCGUUUAUUGGAUCUUGAGGGUAAUUUUGUUCAUGAUGUUGGAACGAACUCUUUCCCCUCCUAUUUAAGAUCUCUGUCCCUUUCCAACAAUAUACUGAAGAAAGUGCCUCUUCAUGCUAUAUAUUAUCUAAAGCACUUGCGCUUUUUGUAUCUAUCUGGUAACCUUAUCCAUAAACUCCCUUGCCCUUUCCAUUUGAGUGUCCAUAGUUUGGAGAAGAUGGAACUGAGCAAUAACUUGCUGACGCACCUUCCAGAAUGUGUGUUCAAUGGUUCUUUCACCAUUAAAGAGCUGCACGUGGAUUUCAAUUUCAUACGGACACUCUCUGCUCGGAGCUUUAAAGGGACGAAACUGGAAAGACUGGUUUUGGCAAACAACCGCAUAAUAAACAUACAUUCUGACGCUUUCGUUGGAAUUGAAACGACACUAAAAACGCUGGAUUUAAGCUUCAACUUGCUAGAUCUGUUUCCAUCUGCAAUCAAUGACUUGAAAUCAUUGAUUUAUUUAUCACUCAAAAGCAAUCUACUGCGGCAAUUAGGAAGAGGAGAUCUGCAUGGCUGUAGAGGUACGUUGGAGAUAUUAGAUUUAUCGGGAAACAUGCUGCACCAUGUUCCGAAGAAGACUUUAAAAUCCUUGUCAAAACUGGUCCGCCUCAGUCUCCAGGACAACCGGAUACAUAAAAUAUACAGAGAUGACUUUGAAGGCUGGGGUCAAAGCUUAACCAUGCUAAGCUUAGCCAAUAAUAAAAUGACAUAUUUAUCAGGAGGUUCAUUUAUUUAUUUAACAAAACUUAAAGAACUGAAACUUUCAUUUAAUAACCUUAUGUACGUUGAUCAAUUAGUGUUUUUACCGCUCAAGAAAACUCUAGAAGUUUUAGACUUAACUUCAGCAUUCUCUGAGUACAAUUACCCAGUGGAAACUUUCAUAAAAGACUUACAUAAUUUGGAAUGGCUUCAGUUGGACCACAAUAACAUAUCGCUACUCUCAUCAGCCAGUGUCGGUGAGCUGAAAAAGUUACGUCAUUUAGACGUUAGUGACAAUGAUUUAGCAGAUAUUUCUAGUGAGUUAUUUAAGAUGGCCUCUCAUACGUACUUAAGUACCGUCCAUUUAAGUCACAAUGAACUGAAAACUUUAAAAAGUGGUACAUUUGAAUCAAUUUCACAUUUGUCUACAGUGGUGUUGUACGAUAAUAAGAUAACUUCGAUUGAAAACUUUUCUUUUUCAAAUUGCCCCUACCUACAUACAAUUGUUUUGUCUGAAAAUGAAAUAUCUUCAAUUGAACCAUCAGCAUUCAAUAAUUUGACAAAACUAUCCAAUAUCUAUCUGCAAAAUAACUAUUUGGAUUUUUUCUCAUUCAAUGCGAUUGAUGGAGAAACUGGAUUGAUAUAUUUAAAUCUGUCCAAUAAUCAACUCAAAGAGCUAGAUCAUGCCAAUAAUUCUGCAUUCCCACUAAAGCUCCGAACUCUAGAUCUCACGAAUAAUCAGUUAUCUGUGAUACCGGAUUCCUUGUUUUUAAGUAGCAGUGAAUAUUUGCUUCAUUUGCUAGCCUCCAAAAAUAAUAUUUCAGAUCUUCCAAAGACUCUCCUACCGCACUUGCAAAUCCUACGCUUAUCUUGUAACUCUUAUAAUUAUCUGGACAGGUCAAGCUUUGACUGUUGCAGAUAUACACAAAUUUUAACAAUAGAUCAUAACAACAUAUCCGAUGUGAACAACCUGACUUUCAGAGGCAUGGAUAAAUUGCGAGUUUUGGAUAUAAGUUACAACAACAUCGGUGUGAUUGAGGAGGGAACGUUCGAUGACACCAAACUUGAGAGGAUAAACCUGUCCAGAAAUAGUCUUACCGAAUCUCCCAUAAAAGCAUUAACAUCGUUAAGACUGACUUUAAGAGACCUGGAUAUAUCGCAAAAUGCAAUACGAAACAUAUGUGCGGAUAGUUUUUCGGGUUUAAGCAGACUGCAGACUUUGAAUUUGUCUUCCAACAUUAUAUCCUUCCUUCAUGAACAGAGCUUCCACGGUCUGAGCAGCUUGAUUGAACUAGACGUGUCCCACAAUCCACUGCAAAAAAUACUCCACGAAAAUCCUUUGAUAUCAUUGGUUUUAUUGCGAUCACUCCAUUUGCAGAACGCUAGUUUAAUAUCUGUGUCUACAUUGCCGCUUCCGCAUCUUCAUCUGUUGAAUUUGAAGGAUAAUUUCCUGUACAACAUGUCUCAACAUGUUUUUGAGAAGUGUCGGAAUUUAAGGAACUUGGAUAUAUCUGGUAACUUACUGCAGAGUGUUCCCAUGCAUCUUUGGAAUAAGAUGCGCAAGCUCUUCGUAUUAGACAUAUCUCGAAAUCCCAUAGAAGUGCUGGGGAUAAGUAGUUUCUCUGGAUUGGUUAAACUCAAAUACUUGGAUAUAAGUGGCCUUCUGCUGAAGAGAUUGGAUUCUCGGACACUUUAUGAAUUAAGAUUCCUAACCUCAAUCAAAACAGAUUCCUAUGCUUCCGUUCGUUCCUUCCGCCUCCAAGAACUCCUUUCCCAAGCAUCGGCACUCAAGAAAGUGGUCAUCAACAUAGAAGAGUCCAUCUUGUCUCAUCAAGUCCAGAGGGCAUUUGGAACCAAGAUACGAGAACUCGUCAUCAAUGGGCAGAACUUGAAAAAGAUACUACCCGACGCAUUUGCCGGACUUCAAACGCAUGAACUUAUUAUACGCAUAAGUGGAACAAUGGUCAGCAAGUUUCCGGAUGGUCUGUUGAAAUAUUUACCCGAUGUCCGGUAUUUGACUUUGGACUUGAGGAAUAAUCGACUGACUUCGAUGGCGCCAGAAGUAUUGGCUGCUGUUACGAGAGAUGGUACAGAUGCUUAUCAAACUCAACAUAUAACAGGCGGUGUGCUACUCGAAGACAACCCGUGGAAUUGCAGUUGUGAGCUGUUGUGGUUAGGUCGAUGGAUGAGACGGUGGUUAAGAGAAACAUUCCACGUUCAUAUGCUGAGUGUCGAAGCGGCCAUAUACGUCAACACAGUUUCCAGAAAGGCCACGUGUUCAAUUCAAGGGACUAACACCUCCAUCGCUAUCGUCGAUUUGAGAAAAUCGAAUGUCAACUGCGAGGCUGUAACGAGCGCAGCGUCUUGUGUCUGUGGUACACUAGGAUCAGUAGUGGCAUGUUUGCUCACAAUGUUUACCUUGCUCAAUUACUGCAAGUCUUGUCUCACAAUAUAAGGUGUUCAUAUCAUGAUUUAAGUUGCAAUGUUAUCACUUAACUGAAUGUGAAAUGAAAUAAAAGUAUUAUUGAUGACGUCAGAA